CUAGUGUCGGCACUCUAUGAACGCAUUGAACAGAAAGUGUGCUUUCAUUCAGUCAUUCAUUCAUUCAGUAAUCAAUCAGUGAUUUAUAAAACUAUAAAACUAUUUAUUGAGUAUUUAAUAGAUAUUUGUCACACAAAUCACUGAUCCGUUCAAAGAUGUAUCAAAUGGGAGGACAGCCGCAGAUACUGGUGUUGAGUCAGAACACGAGACGCGAGUUCGGCCGCAAAGUGCAGAUCGAGAACAUCAGAGCCGCCAAAGCCAUCGCCGAUGUCAUCCGCACCUGUUUGGGACCACGAGCUAUGCUCAAGAUGUUGAUGAACCCAAUGGGAAGUAUUGUGAUGACCAACGAUGGCAACGCUAUACUCCGAGAGAUAACUGUCAAACAUCCGGCCGCUAAGACUAUGAUCGAAAUCAGUCGAACUCAGGACGAAGAGGUGGGCGACGGAACCACUUCUGUCAUUAUACUGACGGGAGAGCUGUUAUCAGUGGCGCAACCAUUUCUGGAGCAGAAUAUUCAUCCGACGGUUAUUAUCAGUGCAUAUCGUCAGGCCUUAGAGGAUAUGCUAAACAUCUUGAGAGACAUUUCGCGUCAAAUUGAUACCAAUAAUGACAACGAAGUGAUUGAUUUGAUUAAGAGUUGUAUCGGAACUAAGAUUUUCGGGAAAUUGGGUGAGUUUGCGUGUAAUUUGGCGCUAAAAGCGGUCAAAACGGUGACCAUUGAAGAGAACGGGAGACGAGAGAUCGACAUCAAGAAGUACGCGAAGGUUGAGAAAGUUCCCGGAGGUUCGGUCGAAGAGUCCACUGUUUUGUCGGGAAUUAUGCUCAACAAAGACGUGACCCAUCCCAAGAUGAAGAGACGUAUUGAAAACCCGAGGAUUUUGUUACUCGACUGCGGUUUGGAGUACAAGAAAGGCGAGAGUCAGACAGACAUUGAGAUCAUGAAAGACAACGACUUCUCGCGUUUGCUUCAAAUCGAAGAGGAGUUCAUUCAGAAGAUGUGCUCCGAUAUAAUCAAAUGGAAACCCGAUUUAGUGGUCACUGAGAAGGGAGUGUCCGAUUUGGCUCAGCAUUACUUAGUUAAGGCCGACAUCUCAUGCAUACGACGUGUGAAGAAGACCGACAACAACCGCAUCGCCAGAGCCACCGGCGCUACCAUUGUAUACCGAACUGAUGAGAUCAGGGAGGAAGACAUUGGAACUCAGGCCGGACUCUUCGAAGUGAACAAAAUUGGAGACGAGUAUUUUUGUUUCAUUACUGAAUGCAAAAACCCGAAGGCGUGUACUAUACUAUUGAGGGGCGCCUCCAAAGAUAUGCUCAAUGAGUUGGAGCGUAACCUUCAGGACGCCAUGUCUGUGGCCCGUAAUAUUUAUAACGAACCCUUCAUACUGGCCGGUGGUGGAGCUGUUGAGAUGGCUGUGGGAAAGAUAUUGUCAGAGAAAGCCAAGAGUAUUACUGGUGUUCAUCAGUGGCCCUAUAAAGCCACUCAAAAAGCAUUAGAAGUGAUUCCAAGAACUUUAAUCCAGAAUUGCGGCGGCGAUACCAUUAGGACAUUGACUGCUUUGCGCGCCAAACACGCGACCACUUCAGCAGAUAACAAGACCUGGGGUAUAAAUGGAGAGACGGGAGAGUUGGUCGAUAUCGCACAGUUAGGCAUUUGGGAACCACUUUCGGUCAAAUUGCAGGCCUACAAGACUGCUGUUGAGACGGCAAUUCUUUUGCUGCGAAUCGAUGACAUCGUUUCGGGAUCUAAAAAGAGGGAUCAGAUCGAGAAAGAGAAACAAACCGAACGCAACAGAGCUGCCGAACCCACCGAAGAGUCCCAAAAGGAUUAAUGCAUUCAUUUGAAUUGAUUUUGUUUUUCAU